GCGACGCGUCAGACCAGAGCAUCCUUCAAAAACCUCCACAAUACUCGUUAUCUCCUAAACUGACCACAUUUUCUCUUCUUUGGAUUGUUUUGAAUCUAAAAUUCCGAGUGGGAAAACACUAGUAUUUUUUGAGGGGGUGAAGGAAUUAUUUUUGUGUCCUUUGGCACUCCAAACGCCAACAGAUUGUGUCCGGUCUCCUCGCUAAGGGUCACUUGGGAGAAUCGGUUCACCUUUGACUCACUUGGAAGAUUCGUGGACUGCGGACGUUUAAUUGAAAAGGAUAAAAGGGCGAACGACUGUUUAUGCGUUUCCAUCCUCAUAAAAACAGAUCACAACGGACUGUUGCUGCAAGGACUACCACAGAGAAAGAACAAACAGUGAUUGAAACUCGAAACAUGAGUUGCGCAAUGUUGCGACACGCACUCUCCGCUUGGCUCUUGGCAUUGCUGUGGCAAGGGCCCAGCAGUGCUCAGGCAGCCGAGUUCGGCCAUGUGCCCGACAACAUUACCGUGCUGGAAGGAGAAAGCGUCAUUUUGAGAUGCAAGAUUGAUGAGGAGGUCACACACAAGGCGUGGUUAAACCGCACCAACAUCUUGUUUACGGGCACAGAUAAGUGGUCCCUGGACCCCCGUGUUUCUCUGGUGAACAACAACAACAGCGAAUUCUCCAUUAAGAUUGAGAGUGUGAUGGUGGCUGAUGAGGGACCCUACAUGUGCAGUUUCCAGGCCAGAAACCAGCCCCGUACGGCCCACGUCUACCUCAUCGUCCAUGUGCCAGCCCGGAUUGUGAACAUCUCACAGGAUAAAUCGGUAAACGAAGGCGAUGAUGUUAAUCUGUUUUGCCUGGCCGUAGGCAGACCGGAACCGACCGUGAACUGGAAGGACUUCAAAUACGGUCUCAUGAGUGAAGGGGAAUUUCUGGACAUCACGGAAAUCAAACGGCACCAAGCAGAGGAAUUUGAAUGUGUCACCAACAACAACGUGGCGCCGCCAGACACUCGCCGCGUCAAAGUGACCGUCAACUACCCACCAAUAAUUACAGAUGUGAAGAACAUGCCCGCCCAGCUGGGAAAAACUGCUAUUUUACGUUGUGAAGCAAUGGCCGUGCCCACUGCUUCUUUCGAAUGGUAUCGGGAUGACCGACGGCCAAUAGAGAGCGAUACCUCCCUAAAGAUUAAAAAUGAGAAAACACGCUCCCUGCUGCUUUUCACCAACGUCACAGAAAAACACUUUGGCAACUACACCUGUUUCGCCUCCAACCGCCUCGGGGCUUCCAAUGCCAGCAUGCUACUCUUCAGGCCCGGGGCAGUGUACGGCGGAGGGGUGUCUCUGCACACCCGUUUAUCAGGCGUCGGCCUCUGGUUCUGCCUCUCCGUCUCUGUUCUGAUGAAAGUCUAAUACUUUCCCAUCUCGGAAGGAGUCUUUAAAUAUGAACCCAUCACUGUGAACAAAAUGAAAUUAUGCAUUAAUCCAGGAGCCAUCGCUACAUCACCUUGGUCAUACCUUCUCGUCCAAUUUCCUCUCCCAUUCACGCCCGGUGGCAUAUCACUGCUUCAUCCCCUCUGAUGUGUUCAACGCUGGUCACCUUUAACGUCCAAACCUGAUAUUUGAUGCACAUUAUUUGAAUGACAAGUGUAUUGCUGAGUAACGUAUGAAAAGUUUGUGAACAGCUCGUUAUGUCUUGAUGUGCGUGCUGGACAUGCUGUUUGUGUCUUGUGGGUUGUAAAUCCGUGAAUGUAACAGUGUUGACAAUGAUGGUUAUGGUGCUCUAGAUCAGGUGACCCUCUAGAAGAGGUUUGUGGCAGUUCACCAGCGGGUCCAUUGGCCAUUGAAUCUCGGAUCUGAACGCAUAGAUCUGAAUGAAUGGUGGAGCAUUCUGACAUACAUAGCUACUAUGAAUGAUGUCAAACCACAUCCUUUCUUGCAAGGGUUAGAGGAAUGGGCGUUCAUCUUGGCCCCUCGUUUGCGUUCAUUUUGGGGUCUCGACCCAAAGGCAAACAUCUGACUCUUGUCCAGCCCUCAUGCAGUCCUCAGUCUGUCUAUUGAUCCAUUACAAAAAUCGUUGGUCCUUCACCCUCAGUGUAAAUAUAUAUGCAGUAUAGACGCCCCUCAUUCCAGUGAUAAAAAGUACAUUUCCCAUCAGUCUGUUUCAGCCUUUUUGGCUUGGAUGAUAUUGCUGCCUUCAAUUCAAGUUGGAAUGGUCGUAUUUAUGAGAUAAGCGUAAAGUGCCACCACAGUGUCAUGACUUCCAGAGGGAAACUUGGAAAUUUAACCCAUGACUUUGCGAUUUGGUGGUGUGUCAAUAAAAGUAUCAUUUCAUAAACUAAUUGGUGUUCGUACACAAACGCCACGAUAAUGGCAUGCUUGCCAAUUCGGAAACGUUCGAUUUUCUUUAAUCCCCAACUUUCUAAGUUGGGGGCAUGUCAAUUAAUGAAUCUUUGCAGAAACAAAUUGGUGAUGAACGCCACCAUAAUGUCGCAAUUACCAUUUCAGAAAUGUUGGAGUUUCUUUAAUCCCCAACCUUCUGCGUUGGGGGCAUGUCAGUUAAUGAGUCUUUGCAGAAACUAAUUGGUGAAUGCACAUGAACGCCACCGUAAUGUCUUAAUUACCACUUUGGAAAUGUUGGAUUUUCUUUAAGCCCCAACUUUCAGAGGUGGAACUAUGUUAAUGAAAGAAUCGUUGAUUCCCACAUGAAUGUCAACAUAAUGUCGUAAUUAUCAUCUCGGAUAAGUUGGAUUCUCUUUAAGCCCCAAAUUUUUGUCAAUAAUACAAUCGUUGGAAAAACUUUCUAAUAAGGUUCCAUUUGCUAACAUUAGUUAACAACCUUAGUUAACACAAGCUAACAAUGAACAAUACUUUUACAGCAUUUAUUAAUCUUAGUUAAUGUUAAUUAAAACAUAUUAAUAAUUUGUUUUAAAUCAAAAGUUGUAUUAGUUAACAUUAGUUCUAUCAGGAUGACUCGCAGACUUGAGUGAAUUUUAAAAUUACAUUUAUUUGAUCGUAGGCCCCAUCUGGCGGUCCAAGGGAGUUGUACUCGGAACCGUCAUAUCCUGCCGGAGGUAGGAGGCAGGGGCGAGGAGCCUACCCCCGUGCAGGAUGGGACUCAACAGGUGGUGGUGGGGUGGUGGAGGUUGCCGUGUUAGCGCACUGAAA